AUGCUUCGGUUUUGGGACAUGAUUUUAAAGGCAAUUCUGGUGGUUUUCCUUACGAAUGGAGCAUUUACCAUUGGUAAGUCCAACGAAACGCGCAAGCGAAAGAAGUUACGCUGAUUGUGACGCGAUAUGUAGUCGACGCUGUCUAGUGCGCGCUGAAAUCCCAAUCUUGUUUGAAUUUCAGACAUAACAAGUCAUCCAGUAUUAAAGCCUCUCUUAACACGCACUUUUGCGACUUUCUAAUGAUUGAGAAACAUUUGGGUUGCAUUACUAUUUGGAAUUUCAAAGCAGAUCUUAGAGAACAUGAGUUUGCUAUUGCGCAGCUAGCUUUGUUUGUUAGGCAUAUACUGUUUCAACAAUGAUUCUUGUUUGUUCAUACUUUUUGAUACUAAUAUAUUCUACAAGUGAAUUGCGCUAAAAUUUUCCUCAUAACGGUCUUCUUUUUGUAAAGGAAGGCGUUUCGAUUUAUUUUUGUUCGUGUCUAAAUUAAAUGAUGGAACUUGCAACCACAAACUUCACUUGCGAUCAGCUUUAGUUCUGAGUCUCGCUCUUACAGUUUUAUCACUCCCAGCAAACAUUGUGUCUAUCUUCAAAGAUUAAUCUAAGCUUUACUCCGCUUUACCACAUCACAUAAAAUCUAGACCAGUUUACAUGGCGUGCCUAGUUCCACGGAUCGAAAUUCCACCGAACGCUUGCUGCGGGAGCUACAAAUUUUCUCUGCUCAGUCGCUUGCGUUAUUAUAAGACCGAAAUAUUUGCACGUAUUUAUUCACUUUAAAUUUUUUGCGCGAUGAAGAUAUUUUUGUAUCUGUUUUUUAUACCAGUUUUUUAAAAAUACGUCACAAGUACUUAAUUGUUAGACAGUGACUUUGCAACUUCUUAAAAUAGUGUUUGGCAUGGAAUAUAAUACUAACACAUCCGAUCUUCAAUCUGGUCUGCGAAACGAAACGUUACAUCAUUCGUCCUUUUUGCGUUGAUUUACAGAAAUUUCCUCCAAUUCCUUUGUAUGCUUGAUUGGAUAAAAAAAAUUGUGCCCUUUUAUGGAUUGGGCUUUUUGCGUGUCAUGGCAUUCGUUUUUCGAAUGAAUUUGUCUUUCGUUUCGUGACAAAGUAGUCUAAAUUAGGGCUUAACCCUUAAAAUCCUAAGAGUGAUCAGCAUCAAAUUUCUCCUUGUCAUAGGAAUGCUUUGUGAAACAGAGUGGUCAUGAGAAUUAAGGACAUGAUCACACGAGAUGUAUUUACUUGAUACUUUAUUAACUUCUCCCCGCUACUUUUAUAGUCAAUGAAUAGGGGUGAGAAAGGAGAAUUUUAAUUUUGAUCUUAGGGUUUAAAGGGUUAAUACUCCGGUCAGGCUAAUGACAGAGGUAAAUGCGAGACUGAUUAUAUUGCUGUUUACAUUAGGUCUACCGAAACCGAAAAGUAAUUUCACUCUCGCAGACUUUUAAAAUCUAUUCUCUUAUCGUCUCAGUAUCAAUUCUUACACAUCCCGGAUCGGAGGAAACUUAAAAUGGGCAACGCUCGCAUGUUACGAGAUUGUACGUAUAAGCCUGGGAAAAGAGCCAGCUUUGUGGAGCUGUCAUCGCGCGCUGUGCGUGUACGUAUACGCAAAGUACUCUUACAUAAUUACAUGGGAUACAUCUUGGAAAAAAGGCUAGUUUUUUUUUUUCGCUUCCGCUCUAACUUUCGGGCAAUAACUCGAUUGGAAACGCUUACUACGCAGGCUAAAAAAAAGCAGAAAGGUCACGAUUUUUAUAUGACGUAGCUUGGGCGCAAAGGUCGAAGCGCAGAGAGGGGAGGGGUAAAUUAAACUUGUUUUCGUAAUUUACAAGCAUUAAAAUAAACAUAAUCAAGUCAAAGAUUGGCGAGCAUCAUAAGCCAUACGUUCGUAGAAAAUUAUUGAGAUCAACCAAUAGUAUCCUCCCACGCAGGGGUUGAACGCGUGACGAAUCAAAAGCACGUCUACGUGGGAGGCAUAAACCCUUAAAAUCGUAUGUCAGCAAACUGAAUGAAAAGUGCUGAAAUAUCCUAGCCCCUUUAGAAAAAGCAAAGUUGGUGGGAUGACGAUCUUGGAGCAGUUUUGGAGUUCAUAAUAAUAAGAGACCUUUCGAGUCUGAGAAAAGGAAGACUACGAGGACAAUUAUUUUCUCAGUACUAAGUAGUGCGCACGCGUGAACCAGCUGUCAUUUAUCUUAUACAUGUUUAAGUAAAAAUGUCCAAGUAACGGAAACAGGUCAUCAAACGUUGGAAGUUUCAUCAUUUUGCGAUCGGGAGAGAGCCUAACCUCCUUCAAUGAAAACUGAUAACCGUGCUAACUUUUCUGUUGAAAAAAGUAAAAUGAAAAAAUCUCGAAUGUGAAGGUUUCUAUAAAUGCUGCUUUUAUUCCCAGGUAUUGUUCAAGAAAUUGAUAUGUUCAAGGAAGUUGGACUGCUUGACAAAUCUCUCCCACAAGGCGUCACUUCAACACAGGGACAAAACAGCAAAAGCCGCGCCUUUCACUUUACCACACAAGCUCAAGACCUCCGUGCAAAUCAGAACGCUUUUAAUAACGCAAACACGCUUAUUCACGACAGUCAAGAUUUUUGGGUCUCUGCAUGGGUCAAACUUGAUACAAAUAACCCUAACGACAAUACCAUCCUCUCAAUUAGCUCUGGAGACGGAAAUGACCUGUAUUUCAAGCUGAAGAUAUCGUGAGUUAAACUGAAAUGAAGUGUGAAUACUUAAGCUCCCGGCGGAGGGGGGGGGGGGGCACGCCACUAUGAACGCGAGGGCUUGAUUGCUCGUGCCCCCCUCAGGGGUCCCAUGUCUGAUUCUACCCUCUCUUAGGGUUUUUGGGGGGGAUUUUCCUUUUUUUCAAAAGCACGGGAGUUUUUUUAAAUUUUUUCCAGAACAGCCCAAAGCGAUACCAAAAAGGGCAAAAAUAAUGACAUUCCCCCCCCAACACCCUAAGUGAGGCUAAAAACUGCAAUGUGCCCCCUAGUGAGACGACGAGCAUCUAAGCCCUCACUUUCAUAUUGGAGUGCCCCCCCCCCCCCCUCCGCCGGGAGCUUAAGUAUUCACACUUCAUUUCAGUUUAACUCACGAUAUCUUCAUUGGUUGUAUUUUUUCGAGGAAAAGGCGUCGUUGGGAUUUAUGAGUUUUCAGUAGUUGCGACUGGGGCUUUUCCACUCUACCUUUUUUUAAAAGGUAAAAUGUUGUGAAUGAAAAAGAGAGGAAGGGAAAAAAAUUAAGCCGCGGGGGGGGGGGGGGGCACUCCCAUAUGAAAGUGAGGGCUUGGAUGCUCGUCGUCUCACUAGGGUGCACAUUGCAGAUUUUAGCCUCACUUAGGGUGUUUGGGGCGGAAUGUCAUUAUAUUUGCCCAUUCUGGUAUCGCUUUGGGCUGUUCAUGAAGAAAUUUACAAAAACUACCGUGACAUUGAGAAAACGGAAAUCUCCUUUAGGGGUCAGCAGGAGUCACGUUAAGUUUCAGCCACACCCACAUUGGUCUUCCUUAGGGGUUUAUUUUUAAUUAUCCACGAGCAUCCCCGUCACUUUUAAAAAUAUGGUAGCCCCCCUCCCCGGCCCUUAACUUUCCCAGUCUGCGAGCAAGCUCUCCAUUUAUGUUAAGCGAAGCGAAAAGCGAGAGAACGCGUUAGCGGUCCUUUCGCAUGCUGGUCUUGCGCGACCUCUCGCGACUCCCCUAAAUGGAGAGCUUGCGCGCAGACUAGCUUCCCCCGGCACUAUCCACACUUGAAAAUACGCCAAACGUUGGUAUCAUGGUUGAAAGUGUAGGCCUGGUAUUCCUCUAAUAGGCUAAAAUCACAUUGUAAUUAUACAUAAAACCCCAAAAUAACUGCUCACUUUUAUUCAAUACUCUACCAAUUUCUCCCAACUACAAAAAAAAUGCGUUCCUCUCAGUACUGAAACGUCUUCCUCUUCUCUCUUUCUUUCAAAUAUGGUGACAUAGCCUAAAACUGUCCUCAUUUAAAUGCCAAUUCUUUUUUAAAGCCAAGGCACUCGGUUGGAGUUUACUCCAGCCAAAAGGAGAUUGAGUAUAUUUCUGCUUCCAAUAGUGCUAGUUUCACAAUUUACUCUAUUUCUCCUCCUCCCUCCCAUUCCUGAUACUUUACGGGCUUCCUCCCUUGAGCUUCGGAAGGCUCUGCGAUACACGUAUUUCUAGUUUCAGAAAUAAUACGUCAUAAUAAAGCCGUUGAAUCACACGAUCGCCUGGGGCGAGCGUGGGAAAAACACCCUCUGCGUGUCGUUUUCUUGCAAAAGGGUAUACUCCAAGUUUGUUCGUUCUCACUGUUGUUUCUGAGAAAAGUAAGAGAUUGUUUAUAGUCUAGUGGUGAUGUAAACAAAUGUCGCUUUAUUUUCAGAGGUGUCAAUGCCGGUGGCCUUAAGGUCGAAGUUUCAGUGAGGCACACACAAGGGUCUGAUCCCAGACCCAUCGAAGCUUUAUCUGACCGCUAUACGGUGGAGUACGACAAAUGGAACAAAGUCGCAGUACGGUUGCAAGACGGCGAGCGGGUUAUUAGGAUUUACAUUAACGACACGGUCAACCCCGCAAAAGUGGACAUGUUACCUGGUAUCGCUGACUUUCCCGCAAAUGCUCAACUCCGUCUCGCUCAAGAAUUAUCAAAGGGGAGAGAGGGGCAAAUUACUAUUAUAGAUAAAUUCAAGGUAAAAUGUCCUAAACGCCGAAACUUUUGGCAGGCAAAAAUUCGGAAGUGAAUCGACUACUCCAGAAAAUACCACAACAUAUCAUAAUGCGCUUUAUUUGUCACGCCAAAAUUUUGCGUAAGUGUUGUUUUUAGUUUCAUUUGGGGCCAUUUUAAUUCCUAAGAGAAACUGAAGACAAUGCUUAUGCAAAAUUUUGGGGUGACAAACAAAGAGCAUCAUGGUAUGUUAUGGUAUUUUCUGGAGUGGUCAAUUGCUCAAUGACACGUUUAUGAUGAUUAAAUUUCUUUUCUUUUUUCCAGGGAGAUCUUCAAGAUGUGAAGCUUAUGAGAGGAAAUUUCAACGAUUGUCCUCCUCUUACUACGGUAAUUUGACGAGAUUGAAAACCUUAAACCUGCGGUAAAAGGCCAAAUGAUGAAAACUUUAAAACCCCAAACCUUAACUAUCGUAAAGGGAAAGUUCACCUCCCAACUCUAAUUUUCAAGUACAUUUGGGAUAUCCUUGUAAACUAACUUAAAACUUUGCGGAUAUUGUACUUCUUCCCAGUCAGUGAGCAGAUACAGCAAAACCAGAAACGGAAAAGUUGAUGUGGAUCUGAAACUGGAAUGGUUUUCUUAUUCACAAAAUUCCAAAACCAAAAGGAAAAAUCGUCAGUCACCACUGAAGGAAGCAAUUCCUAACUGAAAUCUUUUGACACUCCCUGAUACUGAAGGAAAAAAGCUGUUCCCGUAUUUAUUCGAUUAACCGCCCUGGGCGCUUAUUAAAUUUUUUGGACCUUGAGAGUGAGCGCUUAUUCGAGGCGGGCGCUUAUUCGAGGCUGGGCGCUCAUUAAAUUUUCUCCAUUCUCAGCAAGCGUGGUAGUAUAUUUUGAAACAAAACAGUAAAUGCUAAUAACAAAAAGAGAAGAUGUAACAAAGCAAGGUUUCUGUAAAAGACCCUGAAGAAAACUCCGUCUUCGGGAGUGUCUCUUGUUAUCUCUCAUUGGAGUUUUUGUGGGAGGGAGUGGGGUAGGGUGGGCGCUUAUUCGAGGCUGGGAGCUUGUUAACUUUUUCUGCCUUUAGGGGAGGCGCUUAUUCGAGGUGGGCGCUAAUUUGAGGUUGGGCGCUUAUUCGAAUUAAUGCGGUAUCUUUCAAAUCCUUUAGGCAUCGGGCUGAUCACAUAGGCCCCCAACGCAGACGUUCUUGGGGGUUCGUCAGUGGAGCCGGAACGCGUGUCGAACCCCUAAGAACGUGUGCGCGGAAGGCUAAAGGCUGGUUUUCACUAACGACGGAGUCAAAGUCGUAAUCAGAAGCGUAGAGCUUAUGAUCUAGUGAAAACCAGAUUGUCGGAGUAGGAAGCAGGAGCAGAAGAGCCAAACCAAUCACAAAACGUGGGAACGUGCCUUGUCCUUGGUUUAUCCUUCCGCUUUAGCCUGCGUGGUAGGCGUUCGAAAGGGAAGGAGAAGGGGAUUAGGGCGCGAGACCACGCGCGAGGGAGGAGGGAGGAGGGGAACAGCAUUUCCCUCCCUCCUUCCUCGCGCGCUCCUUGCGUUUCUCUCGCGCCUAAAACUCCCUUUCCCUUUCCUUUCAAACGCCUGCCACGCAGGCUACUUCCGCUUCUGCUUCCGACUCCGACAAUCUGGUUUUCACAAGAUCAUUAGCGGAACGUAAGCGACGGAGUCGGAAGAAAUGGAAACGUUCUGAUUCUUCUGACUCCGAUUCCGUCGCGCUUAUGACGCCGCUUACGACUCCGAUUUUUGAUUUUCACUAGGUCAUAAGUGCUCUUACGACUCCGCUUACGACUCCGACUCCGACUCCGACUCCGACAGUGGUGAAAACCAGCCUUCAGGACAAGAGUAUUCCUUUUAAACUGUGACAAAGCAAACCUUUUACAAACAGUUUUCCAAUUUUUUAGCCGUUUUACAGCUAACAGAAGACUGCAAAUCACUCGGUUUUUCUUAUAAAUUAACCGCUCCUCGUAAAACGAGAACGGCCGGCAGAAUGGCUCCCUCCUCCCUAUUUAUUUUUCACCCGCACAGCUCGCAUUUUGACCAUGGUAUAAUACUGCUGUACUGCAGUCUGUACGUGCUAACCCUUUUGAGAGUCUCAACCAACCAUGCUGCCGUUUGUUCCAAUGCAGUGCAAAUGUUCUGACGCGUUACAGCAAAAGAAAUGCGUGAUGGACGGCAUUAGGUAUGACGACGGAGCUCGGUGGACCAAAAACAACUGCAGCGUUUGUAAAUGCGAGGUGAGUGAGCGCAUUAUAAAGCGGAUUUCAGGGUGGGUUUUGAUUGACUCAAAACUCGCCCCAAAUUUUUUUAAUUUGGCCAAGACUUGCUGGCAGGUGUUUUCCCGCGCUUGGCAGCUGCUGAAUGUAUAUGCUUGGAGAUCUGAUUGGCUCAUUUCAUCAUCUGUGUGUACCGUGAUUGGCCAAAGUUGUUGCUUUGAUUACAACAACAACAAUCUCUCUUGGUAUAAAUACAAUUAAAAAUAUUUCGUUUUUUUUAUGAACUAAUUGAGCCUGUCCACAGUCUCUAUUUAUUUACUUAUGUGAUUAACUAACUACUUAAUUUUUUUUGUUAUGUUUUCAGUCUGGACAUGUGACUUGUACUUACACGUGUAAAGUCUGCGUAGAUAAUGGCCAGCAGUAUUUCCAAGACGAGACCUGGAAAAUGUCUAAUAACACCUGCUACACUUGCCGCUGUCAGGUAAUGAUAAGAUGUAACAGGCUGUGAGUUUUCGCGAAGGUACUGAGAAAGGGAAGAAAGCACGUGUUCGUUUGCUACUAGCCUUCGAAUACAACAGUCACUCCUUGCUCCUCGCCGCGGCGAUAAGCGAGGAGAGACGGUUGUAUUCCCAAGCUAAGCUGCUACUCCCUUUUGAUGAAAAUGAAGCUCUUUCUUUCUUUCUUCUUUUUCUCCUUCUUUCCUCUCCUCCUUCGUCCUGUAUUGACUCUUGUGGGUUGUUUGUUCUUGUCUGAACAUCUUAAGAUAAAGGCAUGGCAGUGCCAAACCCCUUUCACUGAUUUUAAGGUUAUCUUUGGAUAUAUAGCUGUGAAAAAAGCAAAAAUACGAUAUCUACACACGACCUACGUUAAUCUUACAUAGAAUGAAUGAAAUGAAUAGACUUGCCUAGUAGUUCAUUCCACCACACGUUUAAUUGAUGCCUUUCUUUCUUUCUCUCGUCUCCUUUCUUCAUUCUUCUUUCUGUCUUUUUUGCUCCACUGAGUCAAAAACGUCGUCAGUACAGAGUUAAUACAAUGUUUGCUGUUUCAGGAUGGUCAAUCCACUUGUAAUCCCCCUUCCUGCCCAGUAACCAGCUGCCCGUCUGGAAAGACCGUUUUACCUGAAGGAGAAUGCUGCGAGAUUUGUCAAGGUAUUAGUUUUUCUUGUCGUUUUUUGGUCUCCAGGGAGCUAAAAAUGUUCUAGCCAUUCACAGACCCUCUAUUCUCUCUUUAGAGAUCGUCGAAAGCGCGUGUGAAAGGAAAAUCGCGCGCACGCCUCGCUCGCUGAGCCCCAAAUUUUCGGGGAAAGAGAGAGAAGAAAAAACGUCUGUGAACAGGCUAAGAAUGUUCCCAUACAAGUGGUAAAUACGUAGCUUCUGAUAGCAUGUACACAAAGCACCGCAUUAAAUGAAGCUGCCCGCGCAAGUGUCCCUUUUCUUUUUACCUGUUUCCUUUGUCCUUGUGGCACAUUUUUUUUCUUGCUGGUGAUGUCUGCUCGUGCUUUCUAGCUUUCUCUUCAUCUUGAACCCCACAUCAGAGUUUGUUCAGAGAGUAGUUUAUUACUACUUGUGGCAUCACGAUUUUUUUAUUUUAUUUUAGAGAAAUACUGUGAGAGAAAAGGAAAAGAAUAUUCAUGCGGCUGUGAAAAGACAUGUGUCAACCCUUCGGGAUCUUGCAGCGGUCCGUGCAAGGAAGGUUGCUUCUGUAAAAGAGGCGAGAUUUUGAAUUCGCGAGGGGAAUGUGAGGCUAACAGCAAUUGUGGUUGCGUUUACAAAGGAAAGGAAUAUAAG